AUGAAUAUAGCAAUAAUAUUUUUAAUAUUAUUAUCUAGUAUACAAUAUUGUAAUACAUAUAAGUUAAAUAGCAACAAAAUAUCCUUUAAUUAUAUGUUUGGUAAUAAAAAAAUUAUAAAUAACCGAAAAAAUUAUUUUUGCUCAAAAUUCCUAAGUAGGCUAAUUAAUUAUAAUAAAGAAUCAUGUGUUUUUAUAAAUAAAAAAUAUGUGCCUAACAUAAAUGUGCACUGUAUUAAAAAAAGGUUUUCUAGUUCUCCUGAAAAAAAUAAGUUAUUUUAUACUAUAACAUUAAGGACAAAUGAAGGGGAAAAGAAAAUUGAAUGUAGUGAAGAUGAAUAUAUAUUAGAUGCGAGUGAAAGGCAAAAUGUUGAAUUACCAUACAGUUGUAGAGGGGGAAGUUGUUCAACAUGUGCGGCUAAAUUAAUUCAAGGGGAAGUUGAUAAUGAAGAACAAAGUUACUUAGAUGAGGAACAAUUAAAGCAAAAGUACGUUCUUUUAUGUACAUGUUAUCCUAAAUCAGAUUGUGUUAUUGAAACACAUAAAGAAGAUGAACUACAUGACAUGUAA